ACAUUGAUGAUUCUUUAAGCUCAAGCUCAUUAGGAGAUACUGAAGGUGCGUCAGAGUCCGAUGACACAGCAAUGUUGAUUAGAAGCCCUCCUGAAAAAAAUCAAGCUGAGGAACGUCGUCUUGCCCAAAUGAUCGAAGAUAUCCUAAAGAGCAGCCCUGGAGGUGAAAAGGUCAUAAACGAAUAUGGCCGCACCAAAGGUCUGUCAGAUGCCCGAAGACGUGACAUGGUGAAAAUCUUGGUAGCACAUUUGACAAAUAAACAUGGAACAAGCCCUUCCCGUCAUUUGAAGGAAGAAUAUGCGAAGGGAAUCAUUUCCUUAUUCCCAUGCUUGGCUGACCCCAGGAGCAAGCUUGGCUAUGAGCAUUAUUACAAUGCAGAAGAUGGAAGUGGAUAUUUAGCAUGGCGAAUCAAAACUCUGCAGAAAGAAGCAUCAGAGGGACGGAUGAAGCGCCCACGGCAACCACAAACAGGUGGGCCAACUGCUGACAGACAUCCCUACAAAGAAGACUGCUGUUUGACUGAAGACCGUCAUUGUCAGGAAGCAAUAGCCCUGAUGAAGCAUACAGCUGAUGAGGCAGUGGUAAAGGAAAAGAUGAAGUUAACACUGGCCUAUCGGCAGAAGCUGCUGCACGACCCUAAAGAGUCAACUGAUAUUCUGUCAAUUUUCCCACGAUUCCUGGAUAUACCAGGCUUGAUUGAUCAAGAUUUUGAACUUCUGUUUGGUGAUGCGACCACUUCAAAGUUGUUGGAAAAGUGGUCUACCAAUAUAAAACCAAAGGUUAUUGCACAGAGCCGUGGCCUCACACAGACUAGUGAGCUCCAAGACCUCAUCCAAAAUGCUGGAACCACUGAAGUUGAAGAAGGUUGGGACAGCGACAUGUCUUCCAUUCUGAUGCUGGUUCACCUUUUGCCUCCCUCAAGUCAAGGCCGCAAGAGACCGGGAAAGAUCUCAGCUAAACAAGCAUGUGAUGGUCUUGUGAAGUUCAUCAAGACCGGUACCAGUAUCCAAGGGCACUUGGAUAGCAUUGGAGAGAGACUCCAGCCGUAUCUACUUGCUGUUGGACCGAAGAGAAGUAGGGUCCAUUCUUGGUUUAUUGUAAUUGACCAACAUGCUCUACCCUGUAAGGCUUCUAAUUCAUUGGCCUGUGUUGAUGAGCUUUUCAAAGCUCACUUUGUCUUUGGCACUUCAUACUGUCAGGAAUUGACCAAUGUGUAUAGCUUUCUGCAAACCACUGUCUAUGAUAUAGAUGUUGAAACCACCAAGGUGAAUCCCAGAGUGGCCGAGUUGAGAGCUAGAAUCCUACAGUGAGCAGAUGAUUUGUUUCAUUUGUAAAAAGGGGCAUGCUAAUGCCAAUGCCCUUAUAAGGCACUUCAAGUUAGUUCAUGGCCUUUGUCCA